AUGACAUGCUGCAUUCCUAAGAAAGUAAGUGUGCAACAACUGUUUUUAAUAGAAUUUAUUUUGUUUUUGUUGUUUGUAUUAAUACAAUAAGAAAUAUAAGUAUGAUUAAAUUAUGAUACAUUAUUUUCAGGUUAGGCACUCAAGCUCUCCCGCUAAUGGAUCGGAGGAUCGUCCUAAUGAUUGUCCCAGCAAUUCAAGUAAUUAAUAACAUAUAAUAUUUAGGUUUUAUAUUAUUAUUAGGAUUUCAAGUAUUAUAUAAUAAAAAUAAUUCCCAAUUAUACAUAAUAUAUAUUUAUUACAUUCAUCUUAAAAUUAUAAUUUACUCCUAGUUCAAAUGUUAAAUUUUCAUUAAAAAAAAAAUCGCAUUGAAUAGAUUUCAAUUUCAUAAAAAUCGUUGUCUUGAUAUGAUAUGAAACAAAAAUUAGGAAUUUAAACAGGUCUUUAUAAUUUGUAUGGUAUUACUAUUUUAGUAAAGUCCAAAUCACAUUUGGAAACAAAUUUGGAAGAACGUUUAGUUGUAGAGUGCCGGAUUCUAGCUGAAGUUGAGGAAGAUAACGAUUUACUAAGUUCUACGGUGGAUGAUAAAAUGUCGAAUAUAUCCAUUGAAGAUUUUAGACUUCUGAGUGUAUUAGGAAAAGGCAGUUUUGGAAAAGUAAUAAUUAUAAUUAGAAACAAUUAGAAUGCAAGUAAGUAAUUUGUGUUUCAUUUACUUUCCAUUCUUAUUAUAGGUAACAUUGUGUCAAUACACAAAAUCCGAUGAGUACUUUGCCAUUAAAACGCUUAAAAAAUCCAAUAUAAUUGCUGAAAACGGAGUGGAGUUAUUAGACUCUGAAAAAAAUAUAUUCGAAGUUGUUAAUAAUAUCCAUCACCCAUUCUUAGUGAAUUUAUUCGCCUGUUUCCAGACAGACGUAAGUAUACUAAAAUUUUAUUAUUUAUUUGUAUUUUAAAAUUGUNAUUAUAUUUAGGUCUUAUAUUAUAAUUGGGAUUUCAAGUAUUAUAAAAUAAAAAUUAUUCCCAAUUAUAUAUAAUAUAUAUUUAUAACAUUCAUCUUAAAAUUAUAAUUCACUCCUAAUUCAAAUGUUAAAUUCUCAUUAAAAAAAAAUUCGCCUUGAAUAAAUUCCAAUUUCAUUAAAAUCGUUGUCUUGAAAAUUACAAAUUAAAUUAAACAGCACAUUUGUUUUUACUGAUCAAACUUUUUUUAACUUCAAAGAAUUAAUUAAUAUGAUUUGAAACAAAAAUUAGGAAUUUAAAUAGGUAUUUAUAAUUUUUAUGGUAUAACUAUUUUAGUAAGGUCCAAAUCACAUUUGGAAGAAAGUUUAGUUGUAGAGUGCCGGGUUCUAGCUGAAGAUGAGGAAGAUAACGAUUUACUAAGUUCUAAGGUGGAUGAUAAAAUGUCGAAUAUAUCCAUUGAAGAUUUUAGACUUCUGAGUGUAUUAGGAAAAGGCAGUUUUGGAAAAGUAAUAAUUAUCAUUAGAAACAAUUAGAAUGCAAGUAAGUAAUUUGUGUUUCAUUUACUUUCCAUUCUUAUUAUAGGUAACAUUGUGUCAAUACACAAAAUCAGAUGAGUAUUUCGCCAUUAAAACGCUUAACAAAUCUAAUAUAAUUUCUGAAAACGGAGUGGAGGCAUUACACUCUGAAAAAAGUAUAUUCGAAGUUAUUAAUAAUAUCCAUCACCCAUUCUUAGUGCAUUUAUUCGCCUGUUUCCAGACAGACGUAAGUAUACUAAAAUUUUAUUAUUUAUUUGUAUUUUAAAAUUGUUCGGUUUAUUGUUUACAGGCUCAUGUUUGUUUCGUUAUGGAGUAUGCGGCUGGAGGUGAUUUGUAUACGCACCUAAAUAACGGGGUGUUUGAAGAGCCAAGAACAAUUUUCUAUGCCGCUUGUAUACUUUUGGGCCUACAAUAUUUACACGGAAACAGUAUCAUUUAUCGGUUUGUACAAUGUUAAUUUAGUGUUUAUAAUUUUUGACGUUGUUAUUAAAAUUAAGCGUUCAUUAUUUGUUAGUGAUUUAAAAUUAGGUAACUUACUGUUGGAUACUGAUGGCUAUGUUAAAAUAACGGAUUUCGGUACAUGCAAAAAAGGUGUGGGUUUUGGCGAUCGGACCGCAACAUUUUGUGGAACAGCCAAAUAUUUAGCUCCUGAAAUUAUUACCGAAACGUCGUACACGCGUAGUGUAGAUUGGUGGUCUUUUGGUAUAGUGAUAUAUGAAAUGCUUGUGGGAGAGGUAAAUAUAUUUUGGAUAUUAAUGUGUAAUAUAACACCGUAACUAAUAUAAAUUUUUAUCACACAUAGUGCCCCUUCGAAGACGCCAAUGAUCUACAAAGCUUGUUUCACUGCAUAGUUAACGAUCAAAUUCCAUAUCCUAGUAUGCUAUCUUCUGAAGCGAUUUCAAUUAUGAGCAAAGUAUGUUUUUUUUUUAAAUUUAUAUUAGAGGAAACUAUAUACUAAUUUGAAAUUUUUUGUUGUUUUUGUGGAUAUAGCUUUUAUGCAAAAAUCCUGAAAAAAGGUUAGGUUCAAACGAAAGAGAUGGAGAAGACGUAAAACUACAAGAAUUUUUUGGAGAAGUUGUUUGGGAGGAUUUACUAAGAAGAAAGGUUAAACCUCCAUUCGUACCGACCGUUGUAAGCAUCUUAAAUAUAUCUGUUUUGAAACCUAUGAUAGUUCUACAUCAUAAAUUAUACUUACAUAAAAAAAAAUUAAAAUAAAAAAUUAGAAUUCGCUAGAAGAUGUAGGAAACUUCGAAGAAGAAUUCACAUCUGAGACGCCACAAUUGACUUUAGAUCCAAAAUUGUUAACCAAUGAACAACAAGAAUUAUUCAACAAUUUUAUGUAA